AUGGAUACAUCAACAGUACUUGAGAAAUACACCCAAGACUUAUCUAAUCUCCCAUUAGAGAUACGACAUCUUUUGGAGGAGAUCAAAAACAAAGACAUACAGCUUCAAGAUGCCCGAAAACGAUAUCAGGCCAAGGACAAUCAGAUCCACAAAUUCAUCAGAGCAAAUGGAACGUUAACUAAGCAUCCCAAGGAGCAGCAACUCUAUAGUAAAAUAGAAGAAGAUAUGAAAGUAGCUCAGAAGUUGCAGAAGGAGAAAAUUCUCCUUGCUAAUACGGCAUUAUUUUUAAUAUCCAAGCAUUUGUUCAACUUUGAAACUGAUAUUGCCAAGUUGGAAAGGGAUGAGCUCUUGCCACCGUUGGAAAAUGGACUUGACUUGGAACUAGGACGAGAGGAUGCUAGUUUGAGUUUGUCCGAUAGUUAUUCGGUCACGCCAACUCCAAGAAACGGUACAAGCACACCAGUAUCAAUGGCCAUGGCUGACAUAAAGAAGGGCCACAAGAGGAAAACAACAGCUGUCAGAGGUACAACCAGUGGUAAUAAUUUAGGUUCCUCGUCGAUAUCAACCAGACCAGUUAAACGACUCAAAUCGGAAGAAAUGGAAGAGACAAUGUCGUUCACUCCAACAGGGUCAUUGGCAUUGAAUGGUCAUGUCAGUGUUGGACCAGGCGGUCACGGUGAAGGACCUAAUGGGAAUGGUGAAGAUGCCGAUAAUAACUUGUAUUGUUUCUGUCAACGUGUAUCGUUUGGCGAAAUGAUUGGUUGUGAUAAUGAUGAUUGUAAGUAUGAGUGGUUCCACUGGAGCUGUGUGGGUAUAACGUCUCCUCCUAAAGCCGACGAGGUGUGGUAUUGUCCUGACUGUGCACCAAAAAUGGAAAAGAGAAAGAAAAAGAGAAAAAUUAACUAG